AUGCACCCUCCUGCCUUUCAAAUGGCCCGUCGUCGUCGGAAGGAGGGUCGACCGCGGCGUCAGCGGACGACGUUCAGCAGCGAGCAGACGCUGCGCCUGGAGCUGGAGUUCCACCGCAACGAGUACAUCUCCCGGAACCGACGCUGCGAGCUCGCCGAAGCCCUCGCCCUCACCGAGACGCAAAUCAAGAUCUGGUUCCAGAACAGGCGCGCCAAGGACAAGCGAAUCGAGAAAGCUCAACUCGAUCAGCAACACAGGAGUCUGGCCCUGAAGAGCGGUUUCUUCGACUCGAUGCUGACGUCAUACUCCCUCCACGGGGGCCAGGGCCCCGGCCUCCAGGGUAUUGGUCAUCUCGCCUGCAAUCAGACGAGCCUCCACCCGCUCUGCAGCCUGUGUCGACCCCCCGCCCACAGCCCCGCCCUCGCUCCGCCCACCGUCGCCGCCAACCACGCUUUCGACGCCGACUUGUCCGACGCGGAGAACGACGAGCUCAAGGUCCAGUCGUAAGGUGUGCCCUCCGACCACAUUCGUCCCGUAACAACGAGAUAAUGUUACGGCAACAUUGCUCGAGGUGGCUGCGGGCUGAUUAUUGAGGUUCAUAGAAAAAGCUGUAGACAAGAAAGAAGAAGGGGAAAAUGGAGCGAUCCUAUUGGUAGAAAAGAGUGGUUGCGAGCGAUUACCCGCGUGGGAUCCUAU